GGGUCCUACUACCUAACUACUCUUCUUUCCGUCCGAUUUCUUCUCUUGCGCAAGCACCCAAGACCUUUCCAAGAACCGGAUAGCUUCACUCGUUGGAAGCUCGUGAUCACCCCCGGCCGAGGCAAUCGAGCAGGCAUUUCCUUGUUUCCUCUUCCAAACUCUCGUUCCUGGAGUUCAUCUUUCGCUGCAGAGCUCCUCCGCCGUACUAUUCUCUCAGCAUUUUGCCCUUCUCAGCAUCUUUUGGACCGCCUUACCCACAGUCGUUACGUCGUAUACGUUGAGAGGAGGACAAGAUACAGGAUAAGGCGGCACAAAUCACACCUUUGUGGUUCUUUGUUCCGAGGAUAGGACGUUGCGGUACACUCGACAUAUCUCGCGCUGGGCCGCCGCAGCAGCAGAAAGUUCCACACUUUCUGACACCAUGGCGAGCCCAAACAUGGACACGCGCGAUGCUGGACAGGACUUCUUGGAUCUCCUGUCAGAUCCAUUUGCAGCAGCGCUCGCAGGAGAAUCCGCCUUGGCCUCGCUCAUUACAUCGAUCGUUCUGACUGCAGUCUUGGGACUGCUAUUCUGCUUCCUCCGCCCGUACAACAGCGUCGUCUACGCCACACGAGCGAAAUAUGCCGAUUCGAAACAUAUGCCUCCGCCCAUUGGCAAGGGACUGUUUGGCUGGGUGAAGCCACUCAUGCAGACGAAAGAGCCAGAAUUGAUUAGGACUGUGGGUAUCGAUGCGGCUGUAUUCAUGCGAGUAAAUCGCAUGCUGAGGGCCAUCUUCACAAUACUGGCCGCGAUCGGCUGUGGCAUUCUCAUCCCGGUCAAUGUGGCGGCGUCGAAUAAGCUCUUGAAGGAGAACGGCUGGAGUACGGGUGUUUUCUAUCUCUUGACACCACAGUACAUGACUGGAAACCAAAGUCUCUGGGCAUAUGUUGCUGUCGCGUGGAUAUUCGAUCUGGUCAUAUGCUAUUUUCUAUGGAGAAAUUACAGAGCCAUUACUAGGAUGAGAAGGCAAUAUUUCGAGAGCGAGGAUUACCAACGAAGUUUGCAUGCCCGUACGUUGAUGUUGACGGACAUCCCGAAAGACAUGAGGUCGGACGAGGGCAUUGCAAGGAUUACGGAUCAGGUCAAGGCAACACCGGACAUGCCCAAGACUUCGAUCGCGAGGAAUGUCAAGGAUUUGCCGGAUUUGGUGGAGCAGCAUGAGAAAUGUGUUCGUGAACUGGAGGAGCAUUUGGCCAAGUACUUGAAGAAUCCGGAUCGACUGCCUGCAACACGACCGACGUGCAAACCGCACAAGGAGGACAGGUCUUUUGGCAGCUACGCGAAGGGCCAGAAAGUGGACGCCAUUGAAUACUUGACGGAAAGAAUCAGAAGCCUGGAAACUGAGAUCAAGGAAGUGCGCUCCGGUGUGGACAGACGAAACGCCAUGUCUUAUGGAUUUGCAUCCUACGAACAGAUCUCCUCUGCACAUAGCGUGGCCUAUGCCGCGGGUGACAAGAAGCAUCAAGGUGCGUUCAUUCACCUUGCACCCAAACCGAAUGCGAUCAUCUGGAAGAACAUGAACAUGUUGCAAGCCCAGCGAAAGCGGCGCGACUUUGUCAAUGGCAUGUGGAUCGUGCUCUUGACACUCAUUUGGGUCGUGCCUAAUCUCAUGAUUGCCAUUUUCUUGUCCAACUUGAACAACCUGGGCAGACUUUGGCCUGCGUUUCAGAGGAGCUUGCAAGCACAUCGAACCUGGUGGGCCAUCGUGCAAGGUGUGGCAGCUCCAGCUAUCACUACUGCAUUUUACUUCUACCUGCCCUCGAUAUUCCGGAAGUUUUGCAUCAAAGCUGGAGACAUCACCAAGACAAGCAGAGAACGACACGUGUUUCGCAAUCUCUACAGCUUCUUCAUGUUCAACAACUUGAUCGUCUUUUCGCUUUUCGCUUCGGUCUGGCAAUUGGUGGUCGCCAUUAUCAAGGGCGAGUCCUACGCGGAAGUGGACCCAUUCAAGAAGAUCGUGAUCGGGCUUUGCCAGGUCUCCACGUACUGGAUCUCCUGGAUGCUGCAGCGAAAUCUUGGUGCGGCGGUCGAUCUCAGUCAGUUGUGGACUCUGAUCUGGGGCUCUUACUCCAGACGGUUCCUGUCGCCCACCCCACGAGCUUUGAUUGAGCUCUCUGCUCCGCAAGCUUUCGACUACGCCGCAUACUACAACUAUUUCCUCUUCUAUGCCACCGUGGGCCUCACCUUCGCUGUUCUGCAGCCACUGAUUCUCCCCGUGGCUGCACUAUACUUCUGGAUCGACUCAUACAUGAAGAAAUACCUACUCAUGUAUGUCUUCAUCACCAAGUACGAGUCUGGCGGCAUGUUUUGGCGCUCGUUGUUCAAUCGCCUUCUAUUCAUGACUCUCUUUGGAAACAUUAUUGUGGCAUUGACCCUUGUGGGCGUUAGCUUCAUCAAGACGAAUUGGCCAAUGCUGGCGGCUUUGGCUCCACUGCCGCUGCUCCUCAUGGGCUUCAAAAUAUACUGUAAAAGGACUUUCGACGACGACAUCCACUACUACGCGACUGGACGUGGCCUGCAAGCGAAUGAAGGCGUUCUCAGUGAUGGCAAGAAGCGUAAAGGCGACAGAGUGGGCGUUCGCUUCGGACACCCUGUGCUGUACAAGCCACUGAUGACACCGAUGGUGUCGUCCAAGAGUCAAAACAUGUUGAAGCAGAUCUACAAGGGUCGCACGUCUGUCGAUGAGCCCGUCCAAAUGGGCGGAUACAGCGAUAUCAACAUGGACAGCAUGAGCGUAAUGAAACCAGGCAAGAGGAAACAGGACAGGAACAGCCUGGGCUGGGAAGUUGUCGACGAAAAUAAUAUGGAUUUCGAACAUUACAAGAACCGACCUGAGUUUCGAGACGAAGCCGGUGGAGAUGGAGAACUUUACGGCCGUGCUGGGGAUAUGAUCCGACCAGGCACCCCGAGCUCCAUCGCGACAGGUUUGACCCGAGUUGGCGAUUGGGAUUCUGACUAUGGCCAUUCCCGGGAAGCUUCUGGCAACUCCGACUAUUACCACGAUCGCAGCGGUAGCCACUCUCGUGAUACAUCACGAACAAGAGUGCCUGGCGCAGAAGCCGGUUACGCCAUGCCUGCUGGCUACCAUCAGACUCCUUCAAACCUACGAGGCGAGUCGCCAAUGGGCCGUCCCUCUUUUGGCCACCCAGCAAUGUCUCGUAACCAAAGCCGGGAAGGUCUGGUGCAGCAUUCUGCUCAAAUGGGCGCCAGCACACCUGCUGGCGACCUAGGCUACGGAGGACAAGUGCGCUACGGCCAAGUACCUGGAGACACACCGGGUUAUGACACUAAUGAAGAAGAUACGAGUUAUGAUUACUUCCGCAGAGGAAGGAAUAGGGAUGCUUUGUAGGUGUUUGGGAUUGAAUUUGAGUGCGUUCCUAAGAUCAAGGAGAUGCGUCCGAGCGAUGCUCUUGUGCAGAUGUCUGAAUAGAGGGCGAUGCCCAUAAGGACGGUAAAACGAUUACGAGAAAAAAGUUGUGCUUUUUGAGAGUGCAGAGAGUCGUGGUAAUUCGAACGCAUGGAAGCAACGGCAGUCAAUACGAUAAUGGCAUUGUGGGUGGCAUGCAUUAGCGAUGGUGGGAAGGGAGCAGCAAGCAUCAAGGAGGGCGACAUUGUAUAUAUGUACAUAUUCCUAGAGUGUUUUGUUAUGAAGAUUAUGAUAUGAAGACCUCUGCGGUUGUACGCCGAAGAGCAGUCAGAGUUGCGGG